CAAUCUCUACCAAUCCCUUUUAAACAGAACACUCCCUCAUGUUGUCUGUCUUCACAGGAAGUCUAAGCAUGAAAGAGAAACGUUGGUGUGGGAUGAGCGCCAAGAUGGGCACCGUGUUGUCAGGGGCCUUUACCAUCAUUGCCACUAGCAUGUACCUCAUCUUUGAAGAAAAGCACAUACAGAGUGGCAAUUGCACUGAGAUCAAAUCACAGGACCAGGGUAUAGAAACUAUAAGGGAAUACAUCAUGUGCUGGAGUUUUAAAAUUGUCGUCUUCAUUUCUUCCAUCACCCUUGUCAUCAGCUUCCUCCUCCUGUACUCAGUGUAUGCUCAGAGGCUCAGGGGCAUGGUGAUCUACAUCAUCUGGAUAAUUUUCUAUGAAGCUAUGAACAUUGUGAUACAAGUCCUCACCAACACCAAUUCCAGCAUUGAGAUGGUCAGAAUGAUGCGCUGGUUUGGCUUGAUGUCCCGUGUAGUCAUGCACUGUUACUGGAUGUUCUUUGUCAUCACCUAUACUUACAUACUCUACAAAAGUAAAAGCCAGGGCAAUAUACUUAGCUACAACAGGCGUAUUUCUAUGGGCAGUGAAGAGUUCCUGCGGCGGAAAUCAAAAAUAAUCAACUUUUCCCACCACUCUACCCAAUAA